AUGCCUGUCGCCGAGGCGGACGCGACCGUGGCGCGCGCCAUCGGCGGGCUCAUCCAGCUUUGCCUCGAGACGGGCAUCGACGACUCGCACGGCGCCGGCCACGCUGCCGCGGUCCUUCAUCACGCUGAAGCUGCGGUGGCAGCGGCGGCUCUGCCGCUUUCGGAGGCUCGAGCGCUGGCGGUCCGCCUAGCGGCUCUGCUGCACGACGCAGACGACAAGAAGUACUUCCCAAAGACGUGCCGGACCUACGCCAACGCGAGGCAGAUCAUGAGCGACGCCGGCGCGAGCACAUCCGAGACGCGUCCAGUGCACUGA